UCAAGGAACACCGCUUCAUACAUACACUGUUGUUAGCGACGUAGCCACUACGGCCAAUUUCAUUUUUUGACAUUUUCAUUUGCGACCACUUAUCAGAACUUCACUUUUUCGUCCCGGCCAGGUGAAUACACGAGUAUCGGUUCGCUGGCUGUGUCCCGUUAACACCGGCGUGUCAAUUUGUUGCUGGUGGCAGUCCUGCGAGCUUUGAGUAUGCAUAUACAAUGAAGAGGCGUGUGGAGGACCAGGAACUAAUAUUUGCGCCCCAGCAACAGCAAUCACGUCGCCCCCCUGUUCAAGGUAUAGCAGACAGCUUCCAGCACCGGGCCCUCGCCCCAGCCCCUACUGUGAUAGAGGCAGCUGCAGACAACAUGCAGCCAUCUACCGGCAUCCAAUACUCUCUCCCCCAAGGCUACCAGGUGCCUACAAUGCCUCAGAGCACAAGUGGACAUGGACACGGACAUAACAAUACAGCACCUCAUGUUGGUCCCCACGCACACAGCCUAGCGGUUCAGUCCCAGGGCCCAACAGUGGUCCAGGGUCACGUUCAUCCAGCUGCACCCAUGACUUCAACUCAAGGACAGCAGCAGUUUCAGCGACUGAAGGUUGAAGAUGCCUUGUCCUAUCUGGAUCAAGUGAAGCUGCAGUUUGGGAAUCAGCCACAAGUUUAUAAUGAUUUCCUUGAUAUAAUGAAAGAGUUCAAGUCUCAGAGCAUAGACACUCCUGGAGUCAUCAACCGUGUAUCCCAGCUCUUCAAGGGCCAUCCAGACCUCAUUAUGGGUUUUAACACGUUCUUGCCACCCGGAUAUAAGAUUGAGGUUCAAACCAACGAUCUAGUCAAUGUGACCACGCCAGGUCAGAUCCACUACAUCACUCCCCAUGGUAUCUCUGUUCAGAACAUCCCUGUAAGUGGAGCAUCCAGCCAACCUGUGAGCCAUCCCCAGCACCAGAGUCUGCCACAGGCUGGCCCACAUACUACCACCACCACUGCCGCUGCCGCCGCCACCACCACCACCACCACCCCACCCACCCCAACUCAACCUGCUCCAAAUAAAACCAGCAAGCCAAUUCAGUCUCCAGCCCAUACACCAACCAGCCAGCCGAACCCUUCCAUCCCAUCCUAUGCCUCACCGCGUUCACCAUCAGUUCAGUCCCACACUCCUGUGAGCAGCACACCGUCUGGUGGGCCACCUCUCCAAAACAACCAGCCUGUGGAGUUCAACCACGCUAUAAAUUAUGUCAAUAAGAUCAAGAACCGCUUCCAGGGUCAGCCAGACAUCUACAAAGCCUUCCUGGAAAUCCUGCACACAUACCAGAAGGAACAACGAAAUGCUAAAGAGGCAGGAGGUAACUACACCCCAGCACUGACUGAGCAGGAAGUCUACACUCAGGUGGCAAGACUCUUCAAGAACCAGGAGGACCUGCUGUCAGAGUUUGGACAGUUCCUGCCUGAUGCAAACAGCUCAAUGUUACUGGGCAAGACUACACCAGACAGGGCAGAGUCGGUGCGUAAUGAUCAUGGUGGCACAGUAAAAAGACCCUUACUGAACAACAAACAGAGGCUGAGCCAGAACGGCCUGCCAAUGAGGAGACCUACUGGAGUGGGAGCCACACUGCCUGUCAAGAAGAAACCCAAAAUAAUGGGGAAAGACCAUGGCAUGACGGAAGUCAGCAAACAUAGCACCAGCACUGAAACAAUGUUCUUUGAGAAGGUAAAGAAAGCUCUUCGGAGCUCUGAGGCGUAUGACAACUUCCUGCGGUGUCUUCACAUUUUCAACCAGGAAGUAAUCUCACGUGCAGAGCUGGUGCAGUUAGUCAUCCCAUUUCUUGGAAAAUUCCCAGAGCUUUUUACAUGGUUUAAAAACUUCCUGGGCUACCGAGAGUCAAGUCACGGGGAGUCAAGCCAUGCAGAGAGUUUACCCAAGGAACGUGCAACAGAGGGCAUCGCCAUGGAGAUUGACUAUGCUUCCUGCAAGAGGCUGGGGUCCAGCUAUAGAGCACUGCCGAAGAGCUACCAGCAGCCCAAGUGUACAGGAAGGACGCCGCUGUGUAGAGAGGUUCUGAAUGACACAUGGGUCUCAUUUCCAUCAUGGUCAGAAGAUUCUACAUUUGUGAGCUCCAAGAAGACUCAAUAUGAGGAGCACAUUUACAGAUGUGAGGAUGAGCGCUUUGAGCUGGAUGUUGUGUUGGAAGCCAACCUUGCCACGAUACGAGCCCUGGAGUCAGUGCAGCGGAGGCUUUCUCGUAUGUCUGCUGAGGAGCAGCUGCGCUUCAAGCUGGACAACACAAUGGGUGGCUCCUCAGAGGUCAUUCACCGCAAAGCUAUCCAGAGGAUAUAUGGGGACAAGGCCCACGACAUCAUUGAUGGGCUCAAGAGGAACCCAGCUGUGUCUGUCCCCAUAGUGCUGAAAAGAUUGAAAAUAAAGGAGGAGGAGUGGAGAGAAGCCCAGAGAGGCUUCAACAAAAUCUGGCGGGAGCAGAAUGAAAAGUAUUACCUGAAGUCACUCGACCAUCAAGGCAUCAACUUCAAGCAGAAUGACACCAAAGUGCUGCGCUCAAAGACCUUGCUCAAUGAAAUUGAGAUGCUAUAUGAUGACCGCCAGGAGCGAGCAUCAGAGGAAACUGCCACACCGCCACCGAGCGGCCCACACAUGACCCUGACCUAUGACGACAGCCAAAUCCUGGAGGAUGCUGCUGCCCUCAUCAUCCACCACGUCAAAAGACAGGUGGGAAUCCAGAAAGAAGACAAGUACAAGAUCAAACAGAUCAUUCACCACUUCAUCCCUGACCUGCUGUUUGCACGGCGAGGUGAGCUCUCUGAUGUGGAGGAGGAGGAAGAAGAAGACGACGACGAAGACAUGGAGAUGGAUCAAGACGGCCCCAAGAAGCACAAUGGCCUGCCAGGCAGCAGUCCAUCAAAGUCCAAGCUCCUCUUCAGCAACACGGCCGCUCAGAAGCUGCGGGGCACAGAUGAUGCCUAUAACCUGUACUUCGUGAACAACUAUUGGUAUAUCUUCCUUCGUCUUCAUCACAUCCUCUGUUCUCGUUUGCUGAAAAUUUACGGGCAAGCUGAGAAACAGAUUGAGGAGGAUUCCCGUGAGAGAGAGUGGGAAAGAGAAGUGUUGGGGCUCAAGAGGGAGAAAAAUGAAAAUCCAGCAAUCCAACUGAAGAUGAAGGAGCCAAUGGAUGUUGAUGUAGAGGAGUACUACUCAGUGUUUCUGGAAAUGGUGCGUAAUCUUUUGGAUGGAAACAUGGAGCCGGCUCAAUACGAGGACUCCCUGAGGGAAAUGUUUACUAUCCAUGCCUACAUUGCCUUCACCAUGGACAAACUCAUCCAGAGCAUUGUCCGGCAGCUCCAGCACCUUGUCACUGAUGAUGUAUGUGCACGAGUAACGGACAUGUACCUGAGCGAAUGUGCCAAUAAAGCCACAGGGGGCACACUGUCCACGCAGACGUCCAGGGCUACAGCAGAGGGGGCCUACCAGCGCAAAGCAGAGCAGCUUAUGUCAGAUGAGAACUGCUUCAAGUUGAUGUUUACAAAGAGCAGAGGAUCUGUCAGUCUGGCUAUGGAGCUGCUGGACACGGAAGAGGACAACUCUGAUGAGCCAGCAGAGGCAGAGAGGUGGUCAGACUACGUGGGCAGAUACCUGAACUCAGAUUCUGCAUCCCCCGAGCUGCGUGAGCAUCUUGCCCAGAAGCCGGUGUUCCUCCCCAGGAAUUUGAGACGGAUAAGGAAGUGCCAGAGGGGUUGGGAGCAACUGCAACAGGAGAGGAUGACCAAGGUCCCUUUGGACAAAUCGCAGGACGGCAACAGUGAGCUUAAGAUGGAGUGCAUGUUCAAACUCAACUCCUACAAGAUGGUCUAUGUCUGCAAGUCAGAAGAUUAUAUGUACAGGCACACAGCGCUCACAAGGGCUCAUCAGUCCCACCAGCGAGUCAACACACGCCUGCACAGACGCUUCCACGCCUGGCUGGACACCUGGGCCAAAGAGCACGUGACGAGCGACAUGGCUGUCAUCAGCCGCAAGUGGCUGAUGGGAGAUGCACGAGAAGGCCUGUUGUCCUGCACCACCACCUGCUGCCCUGAGGUUCUCCAUUAUCUCAACAUUAACAAGUACCGGGUGAAGUACAGAACACUGUAAUCUCUCUUAUAGAAAGAUAAACUGUGAACGUCUUCACACAACAAACUGCCAGUGAUGACUUCAUAUAUACAUAAAAAAAUAAAAUAAAAAAAUAAUAAAUAUAUAUAUAUAUAUAUAUAUAUAUAUAUAUAUAUAUAUAUAUAUAUAUACACACAGUACACACACAGUAGCUCCAUGUGGAUUCUUCCAACCUGCUGUUACUGGUUUCAGUUGCCAAAAUCGUUUGGGGUUGUGAAAUCCACAAUUUAAAUGAGAUGUAAGUUUUCCACAGAUGUGUCGGAACUGAUUCAGGAAAUUUAUCCUAACUUUCAAGGUUUUACUGCAAAUUCUGCAAGACAUGUAAAAUUGAGGUUUUGUCACUAUAUUGGAAAAAACCAAUCUGUGUCAGGAAUCCCAUUAUUAGAAUAAAUGCAGAUUUUUAUAUGAGAUUAAUAUACAAAGAAAACACUCCUCACUAAAUCUUCUGUUUGUCGCAAUUCACAGUUUAAAUAAAAUAACCUGGUUAAGCAGUUCAUAACUAAAACUCAGCAUCUUAACAGUGAAAUAAGUGGGGGGGGUUUUUGAGGACCACCUCCUUAUUUUACAGGAAAUAAAAACAGACCUCAGUUUUAGUAAGAACAACCACCUGUUCUGCUAAAUUCUCUUUUGUCGGACUUCCAGCUGUAAACUGUAUAGCCUGUGAAUGUUUUCCUCUUGGUGAUAAAGGUGCAAUAAGGCACUAUAUAUAUGUGUGUGUUAUCUUCAGCAUCUCUGGCGACUGCUGGGUAGAUGCUUGGCAUCAGUACAAUGCCAGCAGUGUGUAUCGAGUAAUAAUUUAUGACCGCCCAAACACAUGUAAAUAUGUUGUUUAUAUGUAUUUUUUUUUUUUUUUUUAAUCUGAUGUCAUUGAUGUGUAGCCUAAAUUAACACACUCAUAGCAUCAAUCUUUUGGUAGAGACUGCAGAGAAGUUUAUAAAAAAAAUGCAAAGUUUUAACUGUUUUUUACCAAAGGAUGUUAGUUAGAGAUCUUUCUUUUGUGGUCUGUUGAAUGUGUUGUCCCUAAAGUCUUUGUUUAGUAGAAAAACUACCCUUUUAUGUGUUUCUGCGCAUUUCUACCUUCGGUCUUUGGCAUCGUUGUCACUUGUGGUUUUAAGAUGAUUGAAUGUAGCUGAGCAGCAAUUUCUCCUUUUUGAAAGUACAGUAUAUGUCUGUUUUUCAAAGUACUGGAGUCCUACCAGUACUGUCAACUUUUUCUUGUAUUUAAAUUUUACCAAAUGGUUAGAAUCUGUUUGACAGGUUCAGUGAGCUCACAGUGUGUCACCUAUGAAAAAUGUACAUAAGUUGUUUAUUUUUUAUACCCUGUGUUGAAAGCGAACACUGACGUAUAGUAAGUCUGUACGUGAAUGUCAGCCAUGUGACUUGUGUACAGUAUAAGGAUUAAGAAAACAAGCAAGCAAUAAUUCCUUCAGCUGCAGUUUAUCGAAGCUAUCAGUUUGUAUUUCUUGAUGAAAUGCAAAUAUGAAUGUUGUAUUCCCUUAAAAGAGGGAUGUAAACUAAGGAUUUGUGUUGCCUUUUCCCCUCUGUAAUUAAUAAAACUGGAAUUGGCUCUGUACAUAGUGUAGGUGGGAAGGUAUCCAUCACACUGAAAGCGGUGGAUAUUGACAUACAAGCAGCAUACUUCUUAACAUUAAUUUUAGGGAAACAGCCAGAUCCUUAUAAUCUGGAUCUGUCAUGAGCAGGAUAGAAAAUAAAAGAAGCUGCCUGACAAAACUUCAUCCAUCAACAUUUUCCUGAUCUCCAUUUAAGGCAAUGGUCAGUAACCUAACCAGCUACAGACAAUCUCGGAACAGUUUAUUACUUGGGUUUUUAUUUUUAUAUUUGCUGUUUAUUAUGGAAUACCACAGGAAGUCCCGCAGAGCUGAUUGUACAUAAAGACAUGGUUUGUACCUCGUUUAAUGUGUUUCUUCUCUUGACUUUUAUGAUGUUGUACAUGAGUGUUAGUAUGGUGUUUGGCAUUAAACUAUCCUUUAAAUAGACAGAA